UUAUAGUUCCAGGCCUCUUCCCACAAACCAUUGCCAACAACCAUCGUCAAAGCCAUUAGGCUUUUGUUCGAUCGGCCUUGAACACAUUUGGCUUCAGCCGUAUCUUUUGAUUUUUCCUUAGCAGAGCUCCGAGUUGUAGAAUGCCCCAAUGAUUUAGUCUAAAACCUGUGGCUGCUACGCAGCUGACUUUUAUUAUUAGGCAGACAGAAAGAAAAGUAUAUGGACCAAGAUUCCUAGCAAUUGCAUACUUCUUCUAUUAUAAAUACUUUUGCUGCAACAGAAUAGUAAGAGAACUACUUGGCAAGAAAAAAAAACAAUGAAAAAGUUGAAAAUCCAACUGCCUUUCCCACUCAUUUCAGUUAACAAAAUCUCCACAUCUUACCUUCUCUUCCCUCUACUCUCUGUGCCUUUCCUUCUCUUCCUCAUCCAUGGAACUGAAGCUGCCAACAUUAAAAACGUUACAGAAACCCGAAUUGGUGCAAUCAUUGAUGCUAAUUCCAGGAUCGGAAAAGAACAAAAAACUGCCUUGGAAAUUGCGGUCGGAAACUUCAACUUUAAUAACUCAAGGAACCAAAAGCUAUCUCUUUACUUCCAGGAUCCUGGAAGAGAACCAUUUAAAGCGGCUUUGGCUGCUGAAGAACUGAUUAAGAAAAAAAAGGUUGAAGUAAUUGUUGGUAUGGACUCAUGGGUGAAGGCAGCUUUGGUUGCUGAUGUUGGAACCCAGGCUCAAAUUCCAAUUCUUUCGUUUGUAUCACCGGCUAUGACACCACCAUUGGCAGCAAUUCGUUGGCCUUUCUUGAUAAGAAUGGCUAGCAAUGGUGUUGAACAAAUGAGAUGCAUUUCAGCUCUUGUUCAGUCCUACAAUUGGCGAAGGGUCGUAGCCAUCUAUGAAGAUGGUACAUAUGGUGGUGAUUCAGGAAACUUAGCCCUUUUAUCAGAGAAUCUACAGAAAGUUGGUUCACAGAUUGAGCAUAGCUUGGUUCUACCUCCAUUUUCAUCAUUAUCUGAUCCUAAAAGGUUCAUUCAGGAAAAGCUAAGGAAGCUAAUAAGAACAGGAAUACAAUCUCGGGUUUUUAUUCUACUAAAGUUGUCACCACCUAUGACAAUUCAUUUGUUCAGAGAAGCAAAGGAAAUGGAACUUGUAGGGAGAAACACAGCUUGGAUACUUUCAGAUUCCAUUACAAGCUACCUGGACUCAUUCAACCAUUCUGUUAUUUCCUCUAUGGAAGGUGCUUUAGGUAUCAAAGAAAACUAUUCUGAAGAAAGUUCAUCUUAUUCGAAAUUUUAUGCUCAAUUUAGGGAAAUUUUCCUAUCCAGGUAUCCGAAUGAAGAUGAGUUUAAGCCCGGAAUUCAUGCUCUUAGAGCUUAUGAUAGCAUUAAAGCCAUUGAAUUGGCCAUGAAAAGAACUAGUAACCGUAGGAGUGAAAAAUUGUUGUUAAGAAAUAUCUUAUCGAUCAACUUCAAUGGUUUAAGUGGUAAAAUAAGCUUUAAAGCAGGGGAGCUGAACCAAACUCAGAGCUUAAGAAUCGUAAAUGUUGUUGGAAAGAAAUACAAGGAGAUUGACUUUUGGUUGCCGAAAUCUGGAUUCUCAAAGACUCCUAGUGAAGGAGAAAAUAGUGGUGCCAAUGAUGGUGAAACUGUAAAAGCUUUGGCUGGGAUAGUGAUUUGGCCAGGGAACUCACUUGAAGAUCCAAAAGGAUGGGCAAUGCCUACAGCUGAAAAACCAAUGAAAAUUGGGGUUCCUGUGAGAACAUCAUUUGAAGAGUUUGUGGAGUUUCUCUCCGGUACUCGACCUACUGGUUUCUGUAUUGAUCUUUUCGAUGAGGUGCUGAAGAGUCUGGAUUAUGAUCUACCAUAUGAAUUUGUGCCUCAUAGUGGCUCCUAUGAUGAUCUCAUUUUUUAUGUCUCUAACAAGACAUUUGAUGCUGCUGUUGGUGAUAUAACAAUACUAGCUGAAAGGAUGGAGCUCGUGGAAUUUACUCAGCCUUUUGCGGAAUCAGGACUGUCAAUGAUAGCUCCAGCAAAGUCUGAUUCGGAAUGGAUGUUCAUGAAGCCUUUCGCACCAGAAAUGUGGGUGGUGACCGUUGCCUUGUUCAUCUACACAAUGUUCGUAGUUUGGUUCUUGGAGCAUCGCUCAAAUCCAGAAUUUAGAGGAGCAUUGAAGAAUCAAAUCAGCACUGCACUUUGGUUCACCUUUUCUUCUCUGUUCUUUGCUCACAGGGAGAGAAUAUAUAGCAACUUCACUCGGGUGGUGGUCUUAGUGUGGCUUUUUCUUGUAUUUAUCUUGACCUCAAGCUAUACUGCUAGUCUGUCUUCAUUGCUUACCGUCAAAGAGCUAGAAUCAAAUCUAAAUAUCGAAUCAGUGAGAGAGCGAGGCUCAUAUGUUGGUUGUGAUAAUGAUUCCUUUAUCAAGAAUUACCUGAAGAAUGUGCUUACCUUCAAACAAGAACAAAUAUAUAUCUUGAACAGUAGCGAAUCCAGUUACGUAGAAGAAUUCAAAAACAAACGGAUAGAUGCAGCCUUUCUUGAAGUCCCAUAUGAAAAUGUUUUCCUGAAUAAGUAUUGCAAGGGAUACGCAUCCAUUUCACCAACCUAUAGAUUUGGAGGUUUUGGCUUUGCAUUCCAAAAAGGCUCUCCCAUAGCUGCUGAUUUUUCUAGAGCCAUUCUGAACCUAUCAGAGAAUGGAAAAUUGACAUCAUUGGAAACAAGUUUGUUUUCUUCCUCUUCCGAGUGUAAUGCAGCAAACACGAAAAUUGAAAGUUUGAGCCUCCACAGCUUUUGGGGUAUCUACGCUAUAUCAGCUGCCACUUCAACUCUUUGCUUUCUAAUAUUCUUACUUAGGCUACUAAAGAAUUUUCGGCAUCAGCAAGAAGCAUUCAGAGACCAUGCUACUCCAGGAAGAAAUGGCACUUGGAACAAGACUGUUGGACUUGCAAAAUACUUCUACAAAGGUGAAGUUGAUAUUCCAAGAAGUUUCAGAAGCACUUCAACUUCUUUUCGAGCAGAGAGUUUAAAUCAACGGAGAUCUUCAAAGUGGGAUUAUGUGAGUCACUCUGACAUCCAGGAGGAUCUCCCGGACUCCUCAUCAGCAGAUAAGAUUGAAAUGCUAUGAUGUUUUUGCUGAAAAAGAUUAGGAAGAAGAAAGAAGAAAUCUAUGCUGAUCAAUAGAUCGACAGCUUUUAUAUUCCCAUCAUAGCUGCAGCAUAACAUAGCUACUUGUUUUAUUUUAGUAGACAAAUGUGAGGAACUUUCAAAUUUAAAUUUUAGGUACACUUUAUAUAGGGCUAUAUUGUGUAAAAAGUUCAAAGAUAAAUGACUUACCCAAACCAUUUAUAGUUUCAUGAAUGACUUGAGCGUAUUACCCCCACUAACCUGAUGGAAAGUAAUUUGUAGCUUUGUAAUUACAAAUUUUGACAAAGCUUAUAGAAUGAUUAAAUGCACCAUUAUUUUACUAUAACCAAGCAUAAAAAAGUUAUCUUCGCAAGUGUCUUAACUCUUAAGUUAUUUUAGGUGGUAACUCGAGGUAAAAAAAAAUUAUGCUGAGUUUUCCUAAAUUGAAUGUAAUGAUUCUCGGUCGUAGUUCUCAAGUUCUAG